GAAAAGAUAUACAUUCAUGGGAAUAAUGGGGUUCAUUAGCACAAUACUCACAACUUAUAUUUCGGCUUCUCCGGAGAAUCAAAAUCCACAACAAAAAGAUGGUGCCCUUAAGAUACUUGGUUGUUUAUCUGACAUAGUUCUCCGUAAAAAGUAUGGUAUUGCACAACUAAUGGAGCAAGAGUAA